AUGUUUUAUCAGAAUCGAAGUAGUGACAAUCCAUGCUAUACCAUUCAAAUGUACAGGAUGCAAACUGGAUAUAUUCUGUUCUUUUUUGUAUUUCCUAUUUUUUCAGAGGGAUGCUGUGUGAAAAACUACCAACAUACAAAAAAAGGUCCUCCAGUGUAUACUGCAAAGCAACGCUAUAGAGUUGUGGAGGGUGAAAAGUUUAUUAUGCCGUGCACAGACAAAAAGGUGAAAUGGUCCAAGGUGACAAAAGACCAAGAAAGACAAAAUGAAGGUUUUGACUGUGGAAGUGUGUUCCUAAUUAAAACCAAACAUUCUGGAAAUUACACUUUGCUUAGCAGCGAAAUGUUCCUGCAUCUUCAAGUGUUGCGGGAAAGACACCUGCCAUGUUACAAGGCUGAGGAGGGUGGCGUCAUGCUGCGUGUAGGUGCAGGCGGAAAAAUUCCCUGUCCAGGUCUCACUUGUACAAAUAGCACAGAUUUCACCUGGUACAAGGUGAGACAUAAAGGCACGUUCGUUUUCACCAGGCAACAUCUUAAUAACAGCUGUGUUUUCUUUCAGGGUAACAGAAGAGUGUCGGAACAGCAUCGAGCCUCCUGUGAAAAGAAUGGCUUGUUGCACCUCUGCACAGUUAGCCAUUAUGACACGGGUCUAUAUUUCUGUGAUAAACACUUCAUAGAACAAGGACUGCAAUGGACUUUCCGGAGGGCUGUGAAUGUAACGGCUAUACCAUAUGAGAAAGCAAAUGACUCUCCAAGGAUUACAUCGCCUCAUGGCAACACAACAGAAGAGGUGGAGCUGGGUGGGCCUCACACUCUGACAUGUCAGGUACAUUUUCCUUUUGAGAUCAACUUUUCAGCACAGGUACAAUGGUACAACAAUUACAGAGGAAAUACGGACAAUAAGACUUUGCUACACACCGAGAGCCAACAACGGCAGAAAGUGACAUUUAAAGAGUUCAUGGUCACAGAGAGAGCGCUCAUACAGCAGGUGACUGAACUACAUUUGAACAACACGUAUACCUGCAUAGCCACAAACUCUGUUGGAAACCGCAGUGUUACUGUUAAGCUCAAGAGAACAAUUAAAGUGAAAUGGCCAUCACUGGUUGGCUACCCUGUUGCAGGCUUGCUGUUGGUAGCCGGGCUGGUUAUUGUUUUGCAUGUGAAAUGGCUGGAACUGCAACUAAUCUACAUGUCACGCUUCCAACAUGGCAAAGCUGAUGACGGGGCAAAAGAGUGCUGCAGCGAUGAAUCCAGCAGAGGGCGCGGUCUCACAAAGGAAAAAGACUUUGAUGUGUUUUUGUCUUAUGUGUGGACGACUCCAUGUGCGGAGGCAAGUGCGACCCUUUCCUCUCUAUCAGGACCACAUUUAAAAGAUUACCUUUCGGCACUAGAUCUCAGUUUUGAGGGUGAAAGUGGCAACCAGACGCCACCUGAGGUGCUGAUUUACAAAGUUUUAGAGGACCUGUGGGGGUAUCGCCUCUGUCUGCUGGAGCGGGACAUGCUGCCCGGAGGAGCCUUCACAAAUGAUGUGGUUCAUGCAUUACGGAGAAGUCAAAUCCUCAUCUGUGUUAUUUCUGAUGACUAUUUGUCCAACAGUGAUGCUGUGUUUGUUCUGGAAUCAGGAAUUCAGGUUUUGUUGCAAAGCUCUGCCCUUAAAAUUCUGCUAAUAUGGACAAGUAAAAGACCCACAUCUUUCAUUCAGCCAUAUUCACCUUUGCCCUCUGUGGUCCAAAGGGCCUUGAAGGUGCUACCCAGCCUGGACUGGCCAUCAGGAAAAGCUGGAAGAGCUACCAGCAACUUCUGGAGGUCACUGAGGAAGGCCUUACCUAAACACAGAGUUAUGAGUGUCACCAACUCACUGAUAUCACAACAUAGGUCUGCUUUGGACAAAACGAUCUAAGAAAAAAACUCAUACUUUUGCUAAUCAAUUUAGUAUUGGUGCAGAUAACUUUGUUUUGGCAAACAAAGAAAACAUAACACAAAUAUCUGCCAAAAUGUUUAUUGGGCUGUACGUUAAAACAUGUGCUCCGUAGUGUUUAGUCACAUUUUUUUUAACUGAGAUUAACAUAUAACCAAUAUAUGACAUUUCAAUUGUUCAUUUUGGAGGAACAAAAAGGACAUGAAGAGACGUGACAGAUUAAAUGUGACAUCUUAUUGGUUACAUUUUUGCGGCCACCACAAGCCAGCACAACACAAACAGUAAGCGUUUACAUUCGAAGUGUAAACUUUUCAACUUAUACAUAUUUUCUUAUGAGGUCACUCCAAAACAGCAUAAUUCAUCAUUAUAAUAUUUCACUUGGAAUAUUACGUCAAGACGCCAAUCAUUUUUUUAAAUCACCCAAACUACUCAGUGUGUUGUAAUGAUCUUUGAAUAGGUUUACUACGAUCAUAUUCUCUACUUAUAUGACAAAGGACAUUAUUUGACAAAGGUAAGGUGUAUCAUCUCCCUCUUAAAACACAUUCAUUUUUAAGAAGAAAACAGAACAAAGCACGUGUAAUUCCAGAAAUUGUGACUAAACACCUAAACACAACAGAGAAACAGAAGCUGGCAUAGCUGGUGAAAACUACAGUGGUGAUGAGAAACCAAAAAUCCUUUUGUUCCACACUCAUGCUAGAACACAACAAAUGAUUUUUUUUUUAUUUUUUAAAAAGCAUCCAAUCACACUGCUAUGUACAUUUUUACAAAAACAUGACAAAAGCUGGCUCGGAAGUAUACCUAACCAGCUUCAGGUAUGAAGAAGCAGGACCAAAAGGGGCUGUAAUUCAUUCUUAUUGGCCAUUAGAUAUGAUGUGCAGCAAAUGUUACACAUUUGAUUUCAAACCUUUAUAGCUAUCUUAGGUAUGGUUUGACCAUGCUAUUUUUUCACAGUUUGUCUGCCUGGGCCUUCAGCUUCUUUUCCCAAAGUUUUUGAUGAUCAGAGAAGCCCUGCUUGCCCUUGUUAAAGGAAUUAGGUCCUGCCGAUGUUGGCGUCUCCCUGAAAAGAUGUCAGACAAACCACUCAUGUUAAAUCAUUUUGCUGCAGAAUCUGAUCUUUAUCUUGUAUCACAACUUGUCCACAUUUUUUUUUUUUUUUUUUGGAGUGCAUAAAGGCAACUGUAUGUUAUGCUUGCUGCUGGAAAAUAGUACUUUGAAUGAAACACUGAUGAACUACAAGUAUAAUGUAUCUAUGCAGUAAAAUGGUGUAUUUGUGAAUAUACCUGCCAAUGUUCUUCAUCCUCAUCUUUGCCUCUGGUGGCAUCUCCUCGGGUUCACUCUGCAAGGCGAGAACAUUUAUUUUUUAGUUUUCUCAUUUAGAUCUGUUAUCAGGCAGUCUACAGUAAUUAUGCAUGAAUAAUCAAUCUGUGGCAUGUAAACAGUCAAUCCAAACAUACCACUUAACAGUUCCUUGCCAUUUCGCACCUUCACUCGAUUAUGGUUUUUCAAAGGCAGUAAUAAAUCAUGCUGUUUUGUGCAUGAAUAUGGCCUCUUCCUGGUCAAAAAAUAUGCAUACAUACUGUAUUUUACAGAUUUUUUUGCCUAAAUUAUACAUUUUCAAGUAUAAAAAUGGCUAAAUUAACUAAAAUACAAAUAUUAGACAUUCAGAGGACGCAUUCAAAGACACUGUGAAUGAUACACUCGUCACUAGGUGUCAGUAAUGUUGCCGUAAUGUUUGGUGAGACACACCAGACUUGCUGGAACAGCAUGCUUUUACUGCAGGUUUGAAUGACCUCACAACAAACACAAUAAUUCCUAAUAAAAACAAAGGCGACUGUUACGCAAUAACCCACCCCAAGUUCCUAUUCACGCACCACUCCGCUCCCCUUGGAAACAUUUAUAGCAAUGCACACGAACACGAGUCUUGUUUAUGUCUUAAAGGGCUUAUUGACUCUUGUUAUGUCUGCUAUAUUGGGUAAUACGAGAGUAAAGGGGCUAUAGGGGUGUCAGUUCAUGUCUAGAGGGUUCUAAUAAUGUUACAGGUCAAACAGGUUUUCUAUGCUUUAGCUACGAAAAUAUUUGAUUUAUAAAGAAGGAAUCCUACUUCACUUAUCAUAGUCUGGUCUGGAACCAAUUAACCGCAAUAAACAAGGGACUACUACACAGGAGAAAAUACAUCGGAAGUGGUUUCUCUUUGCACUUCUCUCUCUCCCCCCUCUGUCUUAGGAUUGGAUAUUUUAGAAGCUUUUAAUGAAAUCUGACUUUGGAGAAAAUCUAAGAGUAUAAAAAGAACCAGCGUAUUCGAUCCUGCAGACAGCAUUUUUGGUGUUUGCAUUACGCCACAAAAGCUGCCUAUUCGUGUCCUUACUUUAUGCAAGUUUUUUUUUUUUUUUUUUACUGAUUACACCUAUGACAAAAUCAAAAAGAGCUGACUUGAAAAAAGGGAGGGGUCGUCUUAUAUUCCAGUCAAGGCAGUAUUUGUGUAAUUACACAGCCAUCGUAAUGGGAAUAAAAGUGUGUAUUUAAGUGUGUACUUACAUCAUCAUCCUCAUUGAAAACAGAUGGCAUCCCAGGCUUUUUAGCAGGUGGUGUUGGAACAGGCUCUUUGGGUUUCUAAUGCAAGUUAGAACACAAGAAGGCAACAAAAUGAAACCACAAAUUGUUUUAAAACACUAUCAAAAUAUAGAUUGGCAACAUAUGUAUCCCCAACACCAACUCAAUAGAAGAUAUACUCACACUUGCUCCAAGUUUGAUAGAUAUGGGAUUGGACUUUUUUCCACUCGGAGUGCUCAGGCCAAAGCCUAUUUUGGAGGCUUUGCGUGGUGCUGGUGGGUCUAGCGGGGCUUCAUCCUCGUCAUCGGAUGAAAGGUGCUGGGACGUGCGUUUGAGAGUGGUCGCUCCUCCAUCCACCGUGCUACAAGAGACAGGCUUAGUUUUCACUCUGCCUCCCUCCUCCUGCGGCCCUGCUUGAGGCAAGACAACUCACCAAGGUGAACCACUGUUUUAUUACAAAAGACAGGUGGCUAAAUGACAACGUUACCUGCGUGGCUAGGUUUCUAGCCACAUUGGUGCACAAUCGCGGGGAAGUUACCAAUUCUUCUGAAUUUGAACUAAGAUAAUCAUCUAAAAAUAACUUCCGCCAUAUGUAUUAGUACCGUCAGAAUUAGCUUGUUGUUUUAAAAAUACCAUUCCACCAUACAACAAUAGUAUAUCUUCGUAUUAGCAUUCAAACAACAUCACGUAACAUAUUAGCUUGAUCACAUUUUAAGACUGUUUCCAGUGACAUCUUUAAGCAAAUACGACAUACGGCAUGUGUAACAAACCCCAACACAUUUUAAAUGAAAAACAAUUUUCUUUCAUUAAAAUAGCACAGAUAUCACCUCCGUCGUCGGUGUAAUCUCUCCUUUUACGAUGGAGAUUCGCCAUUUUUUGUUCAGUAAGCGAGGAGGUUUCUUCUUCUUCUACUACUACUACUU